CACGAAUGGGUUCACACCAAUGUUUGUGCCAAAAGUCAAAGCUGCCAAGUAGCAGAUGUGCGGAAAGUCGAACUUCAGAAGCAAGGAGUUGAGAGCCUUGUAAUUCAAAGAUUUGAAUUCUAUAUUGAAAAUUCAUUAAUCCUUUUAACCUAACAACAUCUAAUCUACAGCAUUUAUCUACAAUAAGUCUACAUCUUUCUAGUGUCUCUCUACUUCCAUGUAUAUAUCUAUCCAUAUAUUCAGCUAUCUUAGAUCAACUAUUGACCUAUCUACGUAUUUAACUAUAUAUAUGUUUAUAUAAUUAUACAUGAAUCUUGUAUAUAUUCUUAUUUUAGCUCCAAAUGCUUUGGAGGUGAAUGAAGGACGUACUGAAAAUCAGCAGAAGGGGGAAGUACAGGAAGUGACAGCACAAGAGAAGGGUGAUGAUCAUCAGGCGAAAGAAGUGCAGAUGAAGGAUGCAUUUGAUGAUCUGAAGGGGUUGAGACUACCACCCAAAAUGAAGAAAAGAGGAAGACCAAAGGGCCAGGAGUGCACUGUUGUUGGGCUGCCAAAGAGAAAAAAACGUCAGACCAUUCCAUUCUCAAGAUUGCAUCCAUGUGAGAAAGAUCAAGGUAAUUCAGGGAAAUUAAAGGAAGAUUGAAAUUUUUACCAAGAAAAUAAUAACAUGCAUGGACUCUGCAAAAGAAAAAUCAGAUAUUACAAAGUUAGCAUACACCAUUGCAGGCAUUUUGUGAGUAUCUGGACUCAUGAUUUGAAGCUAAAUUGUCAUACUUGCAAUUUUUCCUGGCAAAGAAACAAGAAACAAAGUCAAAAUAAAAUCAAGUCAAUAGAUAAAGAGAAUGAAAAUUCACUCUUAAAUAUGAUAAUUUUCAUGUACAUGUAACAAUUUAGCCAAGUUUAAACGUUACAGUUGUAGUCAAAGUCUGAGUCAUGCUCUUCCAAAUAUGGAUCCAACUUGGCUGAGGCCAGGGGAAAAUAUAACCUUAUUUAUGGUACUACAUG